AUGACGGGGAAGGGCCGCCUCUAUCGAUUCGGACGUACACUGAGCACCACAAGCCUUGCCGCUCAUACCCUUACGGCGGUAAUGAGCAUGUCAUUGGACCCCACCACCGCUGCUCCCCCAGCAAAGCGCCAAAUCGUCGGAGCUAGGGCAGGAUGGGAUUACGAUGGCCAUCCGUUAUUGUCCGAUUGUCGAGGGAAAGCUCGAGAGCUGUCCAACUAUUAG